UUCAUAAACAAAUUUAUAAAAAAAUUUGAGUGACACUGUAGCUCGAGUAGCUCGUAAGAUUAAGAAAAUUAGAGUAACACACUCUAGCUCGUCUUCAUCCAGGUAUCUCGGAAUCUUGUAUGGCCAAUUAAACGAAGAAAACCGAAGUCAUUCUCAAAUCGCCCAACCAUGAGAAACAGGGCAGCCACUGGCCUGGACACCGCGAUAGUCGAUGUGUGGAAACGAGAGGUCGGCCAACUCUCUCCCAGAAACUUCGCCCUCCGUCUCGCCGCCCCCGAGGACCUUGUGAAGCGCUUUGAGAUAUUUCGGAAGCUAGAAAAGCACAGAGGUUGUGUCAAUACAAUCAGCUUCAAUCAUGAUGGUAACGUCCUUGUAUCAGGCUCUGAUGAUACCAGGAUUAUACUUUGGGACUGGCAAACUGGGAAUGUUAAACUCUCAUUUCAGUCCGGACAUCAUAAUAAUGUCUUUCAGGCCAAGUUCAUGCCAUACACUGAUGAUCAAUGUAUCGUUACCUCUGCUGCUGAUGGACGGAUAAGAUGUGCUCAUAUUCUACCACAUGGGAAAGUGGAGACAAAAUUGCUUGCAAGACAUUCAGGACCAACUCAUAUGUUGGCAAUUGAACCAGGAAGUCCUCACAUUUUCUACAGCUGCGGUGGAGAUGGACUUGUUCAACGUAUUGAUCUGAGAACAGGAGCUGCCGUAGUACUCUUUACAUGUGAAGCUCUCAACUACCGAAGUUUUAGUUCUGUUGUUUAUCUGAAUGCAAUUGCAAUAGAUCCCAGAAACUCAAACCUUUUUGCGGUUGCUGGGUCAGAUGAAUAUGCUAGGCUUUUUGAUCUCCGCAACUUUAAGUUCGGCAGUUCAGAUAUUUAUGGUCAACCUGUUGACUUCUUUUGUCCUUCUCAUUUAGUUGGAGAUCAUGGUGUGAGCAUAACUGGCUUAGCUUUUUCAGACCAGAGUGAGCUUCUCGUUUCCUAUGUUGAUGAGUGCAUCUAUCUUUUCUCAAAAAGUAUGGGUCUUGGACCUGACCUUCCUUUCAUUUCCACGCCGUCCAAUCAAAGUGAUGCUAGUGUAGAGGAUGAGCCCCAAGCCUACAAGGGACAUCAAAACUCUAAAACCGUGAAGGGUGUUGGUUUCUUUGGACCUAAAUGUGAAUAUGUUGUGAGUGGGUCAGACUGUGGUCGGAUUUUCAUAUGGAAGAAAAAGGGCGGGAAGCUUGUCAAUGUUAUGGAAGGAGACAGACGUGUUGUCAAUUGCAUUGAAUCUCAUCCUCACACCGCUGUUCUUGCCAGUAGUGGUAUUGAGUCUGACAUUAAAUUAUGGACGCCUACAGCAACUGAGAAGAGGGAAUUACCUAUAAAUAUCCACAAGUUCUAUGGCUCUGGAAGUUCUGAUGAUAAUGAUGAGAGUGAUGAUGAAUACUUCUAUGAUGAUGAGAGUGGUGAUGGGAGCGAAGAUGGUUAUGAAAUGGUGGAAAGGUUCAUUGCCGAUCAAAUGGACGAAGAUGAUAGCAUUAGUGUUGAAGAGGAUUCAAAUGAUGAUGAUAUGGCUAGUGAUGAAAUGGAUGGCGGGGAAGAGGAGGAUGAAGAAGAAGAUUUUUUUGAUGAUACUGCUGAUGAUUCCAACAAUGAUGACAUCGGAGUUAGUGAGGAUGAUGAUGAGGUGGAAGAAGGGUCUGAUGAAGAUUAUAGCGUGAGUGUUGCAGAGGAUCAAAAAGAUGAUGAUGGUCGUGGAGGUAUGGCUAGUGAUGAAGUGGUUGGCACGGUAGAUAAGGAAGAACAUCACUGAAAUGAUGUUGCUUAUGAUUUUGGCAAUUAUGCAAUCGAUGGUAGUGAGGACUUGGGUGAUGAAGUAGAUAUUUUAGUGAUCAUUAGCACGGAGAUAUAGUGUUGUUACGGAGGAGCGUAUGCAAUAGAUGAUGUGGGUAGCAGAGGAAGAAGAUUUAUUUUAUAUGUAAUUACAGGUGAUGCUUAUGGACUUGUAAGAUCGGACCUUGGUGAUAACUAUGAUGAUGAGCUGACGACGAUGACGAUGAUGAACAUAUGUAUGCAUACUGCAUGAUUAGUCAAUGAUUGCUGAUUUUAAUAGAAGAGACGACAAAGAUGGAUAUUAUGUGUUUCUGGCAAAAGAAAUGAGUCUUUUGGCACCAGAUCAUCUUCCCAUUUUAGCUGAAGAGGACUGAGCUGCCAUAUAGGCAUAUAUGGUGCAACCGUGCAACAAAUCCAAAAAUCCCUGUACAUAUGCCCCCACCAAACUAUGUUGGGAACUAUGUUUACCGUCAAUUGGACCCGAAUAACACUUGCAAGACAACCCCAUGAAAAGCACACGUUUAGCUGUUUUAGACGUUUGACCCCGAGUCACUUGACAUUAUUGUCUGUCAUGUAUGGUGUAUGUGAAUUUUUAUGGAAAUUUUAUGUCCUUGGUGUUUUUUUUAUACCUUUUUGUAUGUUUAUUACUACAUACGUGGUACUCCGUAUAUUAUUAUUAUCCAUAUAUCUCUUCCUAAGUCA